AUGGCCAAUUUUGUUGUUACGAUUUGCUUGCUUAAUGGUCUGCUUAUGCUCUUAACAAUCAUGGGCAACGUUCUCGUGUUGACCGCAAUGUUAACAACUCCUUCUCUUCGUUCACCGUCCACAAUUUUCUUAUGUAGUCUUGCUGUCUCAGAUCUUCUUGUCGGGUUCGUUGUGAAACCGAUCUACAUUGGAUUCAGACUUAACCCAGGACCGGAAUUAGAACACUUAGCCUACAUCCUCGUCUCUUUAGCCUGUAGUGUUUCUCUUUGUACGAUGACGGCCAUCAGCGUGGAUCGGUUUAUGGCUCUUCAUUUUCACUUACGAUACCCGGAUAUGAUGACCAAUAAACGCGCUGUAAACAUAUCACUAAGUAUUUGGUUCUUGGUGUGCACAACAUCAUGUAUUAGAUUAUAG